UUUUGCAGACACAUAAUUAUAUUGAAUAAAGUAGCUUCUACUUUUAAAUCAUGUCCAUCUUGUUUGCUGCCAUAGCUCAGGGCCCAGUUGUUCUUGCCAGAUAUGCAUCAUGUGCUGGCAACUUUCAAGAUGUGGCUGAGCAGGUUCUGUCCCGUGUUGCAAGUGAUCCUGCUUCUGCCCCACGCAUGACUUUUACACAUGCCCAAUACCUCAUACAUUACAUCAUUAGCUCGGGUGUCAACUUCCUCUGCAUCACAGAUAGCUCAUUUGACCGGUACAGAUCCUUCUUAUUCCUGGAAGACAUCAAGUCUCGGUUCCUAGAAGCCUAUCAAGCCAGUCCAAAAGAUGCUACUCCUUAUGCCUGGAAUGAUUCUUUUUGUGAGAUCCUAGAGCAGAGGAUGGAGUCCCACAACAACAACCCUAACACGGACGCCGUCAGGACCAUGAAGCUGCAGCUUGAAGAUGUCCAGCAAACCCUCGACCGCAACAUUGAGGAGCUGACGAGCCGUGGCGAGCGACUGGAGCUGCUCGUGGACAAGACCAACAACCUGAACUCGGCGAGCGUCACAUUCCGCGUACAGUCGCGGGAGGUAGCGCGCCGCGCUUGGUGGACCAACGUCAAGUUCGCUGUGCCUAUCGUCAUCUUCGUACUCAUAAGCAUUUAUUUGCUCAGUGCCGCCAUAUGUGGCUUUGCCUGGGACAAGUGUGGCAAUUCGUAGACUCGUCUUAUCGAUGCGUAUGCUACAUAAUUAUGAUUUUUGAAUGCCGAGCUCUACUGUUGUGAGAUCUAAUACGUGUAAAUCUAUUCCAUAAAUUUAAAAUCUCACAACACCGGUUGUGAGUUAUUCGAAGUAUGUCGUGAGCAGUUCAGUAUUGGUGUAGGUUAUGAGAGAUGAUCCCAGCGCUUUAAGGGCGUAUCGGCUGCCUCACAACCGCUCAACAUGGGCGUCCAUUUUCAAUGAUGCGACGGAUUUGCUGAUUCUUUCUAGCUCAUUUAUCAUAAGAGUCUGCUGGUGCGGUGACAAUAAUCGAUAUUUGCUUCCUUGGAUUGAUUUAAUUAAAUUUAACGCGGAUGAAUGCGAUGUAACUAAAUACAACCUCGAUACGUUGGUAAUUAAUUGUAAUAUUAUCGCCCUGAUAUCUUGAGUUAUGGAGUGAUUCAAAUCUUUUGAAUUUCCAGGUAACCUUUUGCUCUGGAAUGGCGCUAAUGAUGUGAAGUCCGCUUCCCUAUGAAGUUUGAAGUUACAAUUAUCUCUACUAUUAUUAUUAUUGGGCGAUAUCAUGCCUUCAUUUCCAUAUGGCCAGCUGUCAAAUAGCACAUUUGUCUGUGUUUAUUGCAAAUACGCCAGUUGAAAUGCAGGAGAUCAAUAAUAUUCUAUCUCGUAUUUUUUUGCAUUUUGCAAACGAGCUGCUGUCAUGUUAGUUCAUUUGAUUCGUCCUGGCUUGCUUUACUCUUCUCACAAUUUUUACGUAUGUUUUGAUAUUUUCAAGUAGAAUCAACAUUGGAUGACGAAUAGUUUGGCCAAAUGUGUUCGAACACAGAACAUUUGGUGGAAAGUUGAACAGAGUAUAUCGUAUAUGCAAGGGUUCUGCGAAUUACUUUUCCAGUACGCUGAGAUUGCUAGCAUGCUUGAUAUUGUGUGCCACAAUAUUGAAUAUAUAUGUCUCAAUCUAAUUACUUUCACUCAUAACUAUGUUCAUUGUUUUUAAUCAGUCUGUGAGUAUAUAUAGUUCAUGACGCGUGCAGAACGUAUCCAAUAAGUGCCAGUCUGACCCUCUGUAAGAAUUUGAAUUUAAUAAUGUGCUUUGCGGAAUGUAGAAUCAUUAGUUGGCAUUGCUGCCUCACUAUGCGUUCAAAGUAUUCCAUCAAUUUUUGUUUGGUUGCUAUAUUGUCCCGCCACGACUCAGGCUUGGUGGGAUAUGUAAACUAGAUUUUUUAGACUCAUUCAAAGUAUGUUUGCAUGCAAUAUACGUAUAAUUGUUAUUUCCUUGUUAUAGGCUGCACCCAUGUUUAUUUCGAUUUUAUUUUACUGCUUUCAAAUUCAAAUGAUUCUUACAACGUUCAUACUUAUUGUUUCCUAAGAUUAAGUUGAGCAGUGAAUAUAUUCGGGUAAUAUUCCUUAGUAAAAAUGUAUAUAUGUUAGUGGAAUUAUAUUGGCGUAUUUAGCCUCAUCGUACUCGUAUUCUUCUCUUUUAUGAUCUAGCAGUUGGGCGCCACUUCUUCUUACCGUACACUGUACCCACAAAUAUCUCGCAUCUUGUACAUUCAUUCGCUUUACUGUAGACUGAUUUUCAUCCUCGAUGUUCUCCUACAUCCUACAUGGAUUCUUGUAGUCUUGAAUGAUUGUAGCCGUUAUCUUAUGGAAUACAUUACCAUUUUUAGGAAAUUUUGGACAAGCAACAUUUAAACGUAAGCCAGAUUCGCCCCGAACACACGUUACUAGCUUUGUUGAAUCAUAUGCUUUGCAGAAUCACUGUCUGACCCGAGCGUGCCUUAAGUUAAUUCUUAAUGGGCUUAUCGGACUUCAAUUAAACUCAGCAAUUCAGAAUUGAAUUGAAUAUGCCACCACGGUUCAUUCCCAAUUUAUCAAGCUUUACAUUUUUCAACAAGAAAUUUAACCAUCACUAGUACCUAUCUUAUUCGAACACAAAAUCGUGUUAUAUAGUUCCGUCAGUAGACAUGGUGUUUAAUGAAAUCGUAUUAUUUAAUGUGUUCAUAAUAAAGCGUAUAAGUUUUCAGUAGACUUAUUUACACUAGUUGACUAGAUGCUGAACAAGUGAAGCAUGUUAUAUAUAUAUUCUGUUGGUAUUAUGAUUAGGUCAUUCAUACUGAACGAAAAAAAUAAAACUCGAAAACCCUAACCUCAUUUGUGUAUUCACCGCUGGUAUUGUGACUGGAAACCGUACAAUGCUCUGAUGUGCUGUCUGCGCCUAAUUUAACUUUUUGUUUUUGUAUUCUUAUUUAGUUUUCCUGUAUUCAGUCUUUGUUCCAGUAUUAGACGCGUAUGAGCGCAUAGAGAAACAUAGAUGCAUUUUUCCUGUAUCGAUAAUUCUUUGCUACUUAAUGGCGUAUUCCGAACACGAGCAUGACGACGCGUAUACCCACUUGCAGCUGAACGAAUCAUUUUUACGUAGUUGCAUGUAGUCCCUCAAUAACGUUUCCAGUCGCUUGUGUUAUCUACUUUCUUCGUCGGAUUUCAUUUAAGAAUUAAUUUUUUCGGAUCUGUGCGCUUUUUUCCCUAACGCCUAUCAACUUAGGUUUUAAUUUUGAAGUGUACUAAUAGUUGAAUAAGUUCACAUAUCAAUCGAUCAUUAGUAGAAUUGUAAUAUUUUCCAAUUUCACUUUUAUUGUAUAGGGAGCUGUAUCCCAUGGACACAUUAAGGCUUCAAUACUCUUUGGGGAGGUAAUUUGAGAAGAACCUGUUGGAUUACUCGGGAUUAAGAAUUUUUUGUCAGUGUUUCGUUCUUGCGGUGGUUUUCAUCAGUCGAUUCGUGAUUUGUCUCCAAAGCUCCAAACAAUCGAUGGCAUGGGCAUUAAUUUUGAACUUAUGAUAUUCUUCAACGGUUGUUCUUUUAUAGAGCUUUUCCGUAAUACUGUGUUCUUGUAUCUUUUAAGUAAUUAGUUUCUAUAACCUUCAUUGAUCUUCUAAAUGUAAAUUUCUCCAACAAUGUUUGCAUUUUUAAAUAUAUCAUUCUUAAUUUUC